UCCAAGAGAUUUCAGCAUGUGGGCAGAGGAUGAUUUGUAUCCAGGUGUGCCGUGUCUCCAAAGCUACAUGGAGCCUGUGAAUGGUAAAAUAUACCUAAUGUAUCAUGGGACUUCUCGAUAUACUGCACAGCAGAUUAUGGCCUGUGGCUUUUGGCCAUCUGCAAAUGGCAUGCUUGGACAAGGCGUCUACCUCAGCAGAGAUCUUAACAAGGCCAGCAGAUACCCACUUAAUCUACCUGAGCAUGAAAGAGUUGUUAUUAGAGUGCAGGUUAAUGUUGGAAGAGUAAAAAAAAUCGACUACCAAGGUCAUCCAAUGCAGAAAACCUGGCAUGACCACGGGUACGACACUGCCUGGUGCCCUCCAAACUGCGGCAUGGUGCCAAGCGGCCUGGAGGAAGACUGUGUUUGGGAUCCACGCCGGAUUCAGAUCAUUGAUAUCAUUUACCCAAAAGUGCUGUGCAACACAAAUCCAGUAUCAGGUCAAGUCUACACAAUGUACCAUGGCACAUCCAUGGAGGCUGCAAAGAAAAUUAGAAAAGAGGGUUUUCAUCAGUCUGUUGCUGGCAUGCUUGGACGGGGUGUUUACCUCAGCCGAGAUCUAGAGAAGGCCCGUAGGUAUCCUCUAAAUCUGCAAGCAUACCAGAGAGUGGUUCUGAAAGUCAAGGUCAAUGUUGGGAGAGUGAAGAAGAUUGACAAACAAGGUCAUCCACUCCAGAAUAUCUGGCAUGAUCACGGGUACGACACUGCCUGGUGCCCUCCAAAAUGUGGCAUGGUGCCGAGUGGCCUUGAAGAAGACUGUGUUUGGGAUCCACAACGGAUUCAGGUCAUUGAAAUGAUCUACCCAUUUUUAGAGGUUGUUUUACCCUGUCUGUUCUUUUUGUUACUGAUUCUAAUUGAAAUACUAACAUAG